UGCUGUUGUUCCGCUCCACUACACUCUUUUUGCGCCCCCCAUGUGUGCAUCGCAUUCCAAAGGACGGUAUCCUCAGGAUAUUGUUGCCAUAUUUCAUGCCUCCUUCCAUCCGACGAAAGGGAAUAUAAUAGACUGGGCGUUAAAGGCGAACGACGACCUCAGCCUCGAGAAUCUUGAGUUCAACGCCCUUCCGAGUGGAUUGCACCUCGUAGAGCAAGACGUCGUAUACUUUAAUAAAGAUGACCAACAUGGUGUCUGCGUGUUCAAGCGGCGCAAGACAGUGGAUCACGGGCACCGGGGCUUCCGGCUUUCGUCUUUAGGCAUUCUGGUUGGCAAGUCGAGUCGCCCACGACCUUGGCGCCAUACGGUGGCCUUGAAGGAGCUGAUCAACAAUCUCUAUUCGCGGUUCGAAAGCUUGGAACGGGAUCCCACAGAAGCCGACUGGGAGCCUGCUCGCGUCUUUUUCGAAGCACGCAAGGCCAGCCGGCCCAAUCUUGGCGGAGCGGGAGACUGGAAUGGCUGGAGUGAAGAGCUACUUGAGCGUCUUGACGAUGAUGCACUGGAGCAGAACCCAACACUCCAUCUGCCCCACUUACUUCGCAUCCUCGGGCCAUCUUCCCUCACGCUCUACAAACAUGUUGUGGCUCGUCGGCGAGUUAUGAUAUACACCGUUCCACCAGUGGAAGCCGCAUCCAUCCUGUGCCAAGUUGCCGCCGACAUGUGCUACGAACUGCAGGUCGAGGAGACCAGUUCUGAAGCGUCGUCCUCUUCCACACCAUCGUCUUCCAAACCUCACCGGCGAGGCAAACACCAAAGCGGCACCGAGAGCGAACGUGGAAACGGCUGGGUUGCAUGCACGACUGAUGCGUUGUUUCUUGAGAAGCCGCACUGCUACGACUUGAUCAUCGACUUGACAACUGCUGCCCCAGGGCAUACCGCUCGGCCCACUUUCUAUGCAUCCCGGCCCGCUUCCUCACCGAGUAAAUCCGCAAGACCAAAGGGACCCUCACAUCGGCUCUCCAUUGUGCGCUUUUCCUGGAGCGACGUCAAGCUAUGGAAUGAAGUGAAUCGGAUUCUCAAAUUGGACCACUCGUCUUCACACUCCGCGUCUUGUUGCACGCUCUCCGUUCCCGAGUCCAAGGCCAAGUCUGGGCCGAUAACCGUAUGGACUGACGCGUGGCGAGUUUACGAAGACGUUUGUGUUAUCUGCGCGGGUCUGCUGAUGGGCAUGGGCAUCGGUGCAUGGGCUGGACGGAGUGCCGCUGGGUCAGAUGGUCAUGUCCAUCUCGAGGGAGAAGAUGAAGUGAGCUUGCAUGGCUUGCGAGCAGGGGGCAAGGUGCGAAAUUUGGGGCUGGGCAUCGAAGGGGGCCCCAAACCUUCGAUGUCUAGUUUUAGAACGGCCCGUCGGUCGAGUGCCGUCUCGUGGUCGAGCGGCAGAGCGACGAUCAAUGCCACCGGCACCAGCUCAUUCUCCAAGGGGAAAGGCAUCGCGGCCCCUGAGGCAGCAGUGGACGACGAAGAAGAGGACGAAGACGACUCGACUCGCACUGAACGGGAGAAGCAGAUCCUGACGACGUUGUCCUUGUUACAGACACUGCACGCGCAGACGUCCUUCCAACUGGCUGCUCUCGACACCUUGCUUCCUCGCUCGGCGCCUACCGUGGUUCUUACUUCGCGAGAAAUGCCGUCACUAGGCCUCAGCCCAGUCAGCAGCUCGGAUGCCCGGUUUCUUGAAUGGCUCGCGAAGGAAUACGGCGGCGAUGUGGAGGUGAUCGUCAAGCGGGGUUGGAAGGAUGCGAUCGCAGCUGUGUUAGGCUAUUGAAAGACUUUGCGCGGGUGUGCCACCAGGACAUAUUGUAUCUUAUCCCUAAUUGUAUUUCAAACCUCAUAUACCCACUCUCUUGCAAUCAGAUAACUUGGAACGCCAUGUGAAUGUUUGUGUUCCAUUGGUGAAACUGUCGGAGACCAUGGGAAACGCCUGGGAGACAUCGUCCGGGGAUAUCCAGAUUCAUCUAUGCUAUCUAGUCCAGCUGUGUUCGGCAGGCUGCGGCGAUGUCUCCAGAGAGUGCAUAGUCCAGACGAUUCAUUAAUCCUGAGUGCAUGGUACAUCCUGUUACGCAAGUUGCU